UAGACUACGAGCUGUCCUCUCUAUUUCUUAAUGGCAAGAUCCAAGAAUGUCUGCCUAGCAUGGCUGUGGCUCCUGAACCGGAGACCUACGGACCGUUAUGGCUUUUAGCACAGUCUAUUCGGACCCCCUGUCCCGAAGCAUUUUCAAGAAAUUCGUGGUCAUGCUGUGUUCUCUCCUCACGUCCCUGUACCUUCUCCACUGCCUCACGGACCGCUGCAGCAGCAUGCCCACGCCGGUGAAAGCCUCCAGCCAAGUCGUGGGCUUUUUCGCCUCGGAACUAUACGACUUGAGGUCGCUGAGGAGGAAAAGACUGUUAAAGAAAUUGACCACGGGGUCCAAGUCGGUCUUGAGCUACGAGAGCGCCGACGACGCUAAACGCAUCUCUGAGUACUCCCGGUUCGACGAUGCUGAUACGGGACAGGUUUUGUACCAACCGGGACCUGUCGAGGUGGACAGCGAUAGCAAGAACCGGGAACUGUCGCGUGACAAACAGCUUUCUUUGGAUGAUAUAGUUUCUUCGAAGAGAUUGUCACUUCGGUUUACGGUGAAGACGGGAAGUACCGGUAAACUCAGUCCGCUUGUAGAGGGGAGAAAGGAGCUGCCCCAGGCGCUGAUCAUCGGGGUGAAGAAAGGAGGGACGCGCGCGCUGCUCGAGUUCCUCCGCGUGCAUCCAGACAUCAGAGCCGUGGGAGCCGAGCCGCACUUCUUCGACCGCAACUACGAGAACGGACUGGAGUGGUACAGGGAGCUGAUGCCCAAGACCCUGGAGGGCCAGAUCACCAUGGAGAAGACCCCCAGCUACUUCGUGACCAGAGAGGCCCCGGCCCGGAUCUCCGCCAUGUCCCGGGACACCAAGCUGAUCGUGGUGGUGAGGGACCCCGUCACCAGGGCCAUCUCUGACUACACACAGACGUUGUCCAAGAAGCCCAACAUUCCCACCUUCGAGAGCCUGACCUUCAGAAACAGGACUACGGGGCUAAUUGACACGUCCUGGAGCGCCAUCCAGAUUGGCAUCUAUGCCAAGCACCUGGACAACUGGCUGCAGUACUUCCCCAUGAGCCAGAUCCUGUUUGUGAGCGGUGAGCGUCUGAUCAGCGACCCAGCUGGAGAACUGGGCCGGGUCCAGGACUUCCUGGGGCUCAAGAGGAUCAUCACAGACAAACACUUCUACUUCAACCAGACCAAGGGCUUCCCCUGCCUUAAGAAGGCUGAGGGCAGCAGCAAGCCCCACUGCCUGGGAAAAACCAAAGGGCGGACCCACCCCAACAUCCACCCAGAGGUGGUGCAGAGGCUACAGGACUUCUACAGGCCUUUCAACAUGAAGUUCUAUCAGAUGACAGGACAGAUAUUUGGUUGGGACCAUUGACUGUGCCUCAAAUACUGUACAUUUGGCAGAUUUACAUUUUAGUCAUUUAGCAGACACUUGUUUCUAGAGCAACUUACAGGAGCAAUUAGGGUUAGGUGUCUCGCUCAACAGAUUGUCUACCAAGUCGGCUCGGGGAUUCAAACCAGCAAGCUUUCGGUUACUGGUCCAACACUCUUAACCGCUAGGCUACCUUCCACCCCCCGAAUACAGAUGUCGAGAGAACACAGAUCACUGUUGACACUGCAGUAUUACUGUGGGACAGCAACAACACUAAGCCUAGAGGCAAUAUGUGUCUGUGAGAGUGGGGGAAAAAGCCUUAUCUGCUCUUACUGGCAUGCCAGAUAUGCAAUGUGUUCACUGUGUUACGUAUUCCUUUAUCAGAACUGCCUCAGAACCAAUAUCAGCUGGGGCUGGUUGAAGGAAAUUGAGCUGGAUUAUUCCUUAUAGAGCAUGUGGUGGUUCUAACACAGAGAGAUACUGCAUCUCCUCCUCUCCCAGUAGUUACUGUAAGAGGGAACCUUCCAGUGCUGCAAAAGACAAAUAUGUUGUUUCUGUACAGGAAGUUAUAUGAAAUCACACAGAAAAGACUUUGGAUAAAAAGCCUUGUCUGAGUGAUUCUAUAUCAUAUUUGAAAGCAAACCUAGCUGCUUUUC